GCGCACAUUCCCGCCUUCGCUCCACUAUCGCGAGAACUGCGCGCGCCGCGAGACAUCCGGGCCAUUGGCUGCGGGACAAGAUGGCGGUAGAGUCGCGCGUCACGCAGGAGGAGAUCAAGAAAGAACCGGAGAAGCCGAUCGACCGGGAGAAGACGUGCCCGCUGCUGCUCCGCGUCUUUACCACCAACAACGGGAGGCACCACCGCAUGGACGAGUUCUCCCGCGGCAACGUGCCCUCCAGCGAGCUGCAGAUCUACACCUGGAUGGACGCGACUCUGAAGGAGCUGACCAGUUUGGUGAAGGAGGUGUACCCAGAAGCACGGAAGAAGGGCACGCACUUCAAUUUCGCAAUUGUUUUUACAGAUCUCAAGCGACCCGGCUACAGGGUGAAGGAGAUCGGCAGCACCAUGUCGGGCAGGAAGGGCACGGAUGAUUCGAUGACAUUGCAGUCCCAGAAAUUCCAGAUAGGAGACUACUUGGAUAUAGCGAUCACGCCUCCCAACCGGGCACCGCCACCUUCGAGCCGCAUGAGGCCGUACUGAGCUAUUGCUGCUCUGUAUGCUUAUCUUUUCUGCUUAUUCCUCCUUGCUGUUCUAAAGCAGGCUUUUUUUUAUUGCCUUUGUUGCGAAGUAAGAACACCUGAAGACAAAGCUAAAUGUCAGGGGUAAAAGUCCCAUUUUAAACCUUUUAGUUUAUUUGUUUAGAAGGAACACUUAAUCUUUAGCGGUGCCAUCACUCUGUCCUUGACUGGUUCGUAGUUUGCCAAGUAGCCUGGUGUGUCUCGUGUUCCAAGGUUUCCAUAGAACGCAACCAGAAAGAUGACAGGUGUUCUGUAGUUCUGUCUUGUGUGGAAUAAAGAUGGGUGUUAUUAAUCUUUUGAA